AUGGCCACCUCUCUUCCUAGUGGAGGCGAUGACGUCUCUGCAAUUAUUGUAGAUCCGGGCUAUGACACCAUUAGAAUUGGAAAUUGCCAAGAAGAUUUCCCUAGAGAGUAUAUUCCCAGUGCACUUGUGAAGGAUGCUUCAGAAUGGCGGUCACUUUCCCAUAUAAAACGCCAGAAGUUUUCAGAAAUGAGAAGGUUAUUCCACCUUAAUAGGGAUGGAAACCUGGAGGUUGACCCGUUUGUAUUUGAGAAGCUCAUUAGAGUAGGAAUAGAAGGAACUCGUCACUAUGGAUCUAUAGAAACUUGUGUUGAUUCCAAGACUAGGAGUGAAGCUUUGGACACAACAGGAAUUGAUGGAUGCAUAGGCACCCUAAUGUUGAACCCAUCUGCCCAUCCAGUUUUGGUUUCUGAACCAACAGCAGUAAGCAAGCAGUUUAGAGAUGCCGUUUUGGAGGUACUUUUUGAACAGAUUGAUGUUCCAGCUGCCUAUUUAGCAAAGAGAGCAGCACUAACGGCAUUUUCGGUAGGAAGGGCUUCUGCUCUCAUUGUUGACGUUGGAGCUGGUGGAACUACAAUUUCACCAGUGCACGAUGGCAUUGCUUUGCAAUCAACCAUUCAAGAUUCUCUUGUUGGAGGAAAUGCACUCGAUCUGCAACUCGCAAACAUGUUGCAUGAGGAUGGGUAUGCACCCUUUGAACCUUCCACUGAUGUUUGUCAAGAAUAUUACAGAGUACAACUCGCAAGAGAGCUCCGAGAAAAAUUCUGUGAGGUGCAGAAUACCUCUAAAGAAUCUGCAGAUGGUACAGUAAAACAGGAAGAUGCAUAUAAGGAUUCUGUGGAUACAUCAAGUACUUAUACAGACACGUAUAAUUUACCAGAUGGAACUGUUGUUUCCAUGAAAAAAUACAAACAUUCGAUACCAGAGUUGUUAUUUACACCAGAACCAGCUCGUGUGGCAGAAUUUAAUCAGUUCAAGGGAUUGAUACCAAUGAUAACAGACUGUAUUUUUGAAAGUGAUGUAGAUAUACGAAGGGAGCUUCUCUCUUCUAUUGUGGUUGUUGGAGGGCUUUCCAUAACACCCGGAUUUAUAAAUAGGAUUACCAGCGGGCUAAUGGGUCACAGUCUAUUGAGUGCAGCAAAGUUUAAGAUUGUCCACUCAUCUUCUUAUGUGGAAAAGAGAUACUCUACAUGGUUGGGAGGAUCUAUAUUGGCAAGUUUGGGAAGAUUCCAGCAGUUGUGGAUCUCAAAGGCUGAAUACCAGGAGCACGGAACAAUUAUCGCCUAUAGAAGAUGUAACUAA